AUGGUGUUGUACAAGAGGAAACAAGUGCCCUUCACGGCCCCUCCCGAGGUCCCUCUGGACUUGACAACUCCCGCAUGGGUGAUCCCCAAGACACGAGAAUGGUUUCUCAGCUACGAAGACUACCUUGCGCGAUUGGAUUUCUACAACAAGCGCAAAUUUGUCUGCGAAAUCACCGGCAAUUCGUGUCUCACCUAUUUCGAAGCCUUGGAGAGCGAGGAAAACGAACGGAAGGAAGUCGAUAAAAACUUCCCCGAGAACUUGCGCGAGCACAUUCUCCGAUAUUUGCAGUUUAAUCGCGUGUCAAGGUCGGAUCUCUUGGUUGACACCGUCUACCAGACGUUUAGAAACGACUAUUUCCCCGGAGAGUCUGUUUUUUUAAAAGGUCUCGAUCAAAAGGACCCGUUGGCAAGACUGCGAGGCAUCGUUAGGGAAAAAGUGCAAUACGGCGCUGAUCAACCGACAAAAUAUUUGGUGGUUAGAGCGAGCGAUAAACACCAGGCAAUCGUGACGGGUGAUGCCAUUUCGCGAGAUCGCAACCAGUUUACCAAGUGGUUGAUUAAAACGUUUAUCAAGCUCACAAUGUCGAGAUCGCACAAGGUGGGCGCACCGUGGGUGGUGAAAACUAAUUUUGCCAAGCAGUACGGUAUACCCAUGACUUAUCCCGAAGAUCUUCGACAGUAUAUCGAAUCGACACCAACUGGAGAGCCAAUAUUCAUGCAGCCUAAAAAGAGGAAAAUUGAAAAGCAACCGGAAGUAAAACCGGAGAAAAAGGCACCUCCUGCAGGGGUGGAGCAUAAAAAAAGGAAAAUCGUCAAGGAAGAACAGGCAAAAAACUCGGCGACUCCCUCGGUGGAUAUGGCCGCCACCAUUCCGUUUAGAAAGAAGUUUCCCACUCAUCACAUUCCGGAAUCGUUGCAAAAGGAAAUCGAAGAAGAAGAACGCAACGGGUCGCAAACCAUUGUCCUGUCGCUGUUCCAACCCACAAAGAAAACCAUUGUUGAUGAUCUUGCCAUCAAAUUCGAUAUCCAGAAUUCAAAGCCCACGGCAAAGAAACUACAAGUUGUUCAAUACGCGGGGAAAACACUAGAUGGCAAGGACGAGAGAAAAAACGUGAUGAUCAAUACCCCGGUUCAAGUGCAAGCGGUGCUGGAGGCGUUGCAAGUGUGGGUGUUUAUGAAUGUCUACCAUACCGUGUUAAACAUCGAUGCGUUUACAUUUGACGACUUUAUCACGUCUUUAAACCUUGAGGGGAUGAAAAACACCCCUCAGCUCGUGGAUGAGAUUUUUUGCGCUUUGCUUUGCAAGAUUAUAUCUAAUGAGAUCCCGAGCCAAAAGGAAUUGAAAGAGGCAGAGGCAGAAGGUAAAAUAUUUGGAUUGAAAGUCACGAUUCCUGAUAAGAAGGAUUUUGCAGAGGCAGAAGAAGAGGAUGAGGAAGAGGAGGAGGAGGAAGAAAAAGAAGGGGCUGAGGAAGAAAAGGAGGAAGAAGAAGAAGAAAAGGAGGAAGAAGAAGAAGAAGAAGAAGAAGAAGAAGAAGAAAAGGAGGAAGAAGAAGAAGAAGAAGAAAAGGAGGAAGAAGAGGACGACGACGACGACGACGACGACGACGACGAGGACAUGGCGGACGAAGAUACCAUCGACACCGAAGAAAGCAAAAAUGGCGAAAAAAACGGCAAAAAAGUAACUGCGGUUGACAAAGAUCCCAAGCAAAAGCUGCUUCAUUCUGCAUAUGAUCUACUCAACUAUAAAGGCAUCUCCUGGCAUGAUCGAUUGAGGAAAAGGAAUUUCAAAGAUGGGGGCUGGCAAUGCCUGCUCUUGGGAGUGCUAUCCUUAGUUGAGCACGUCCCCAAGUAUAAACCAAUCAUCAACGAGAUUUACCAAACUUUAGCACCAAGAGGCACGCUGCCCAUUCUAGCUUCGUUAAAGACUAAUUUUUUUGAAAACUUGGGACUCGAUUUGAAAUUACACGCAUUGUGCAUUUUGACUGAUUUGCUCAUACCGACACCCUUGGUGCGCAACUACAUCGAAGAAAGUCUAGAGAAUCAGACCAACUAUAGAAGAACACGGCUAGAGAAUAUUAGAGAGUACAAGGUGUACUUUGACGCUGCAAAGGAAGCCCAUGAUUAUAUCUUGAAGGAAUUGCCGCUUGAGCCAGAAAAAGCAGAAUCCACUACCGAUACUCCAAAUCAAAAUGAAAAUCAAGAUCAAGAUAAAAAUCAAAAGCAAGAUCAAGAACAAAAUGAGUCAAACCCUGGUAAAGAAGGAGCUAUCCCUGUUGCGGGGGAACCCGCAACAUCCCUAGCCACAGCACCUACUAAUCCGCUAGCUUUGAAAUCGGUGGAAAUGUCAGAUCAAGAGCGAGAAUAUGCAGCAACGCAUCCUGAAUUUGCCGCCAAAUGUAAAGUCCGAAAAGAAGCUCUACUCAAGAUUAACGAAAUCAAGGAAAACAAAAAAUUCAUUGAACAGAAAUUAAAUGAACUCGAUUGUCAACGAGUGAAAUUAUUGGGUAAAGACCGCUUGUUCAAUCGAUAUUGGUGGUUUGAAAAUAACGGAUUGCCAACGUUGCAUGCUGGCUCCAGCAAUGAUGAAGACGACGACGAGAAUGAAAAUGAAAAAAAGAAUGAAGACGAAAUUGAAUCGCACGACGACGGGAUGGAUGAAGUGCGAGAUGAAAGCUAUCUCAUGGGGAGACUAUGGGUCCAGGGUCCAAGUGACAGUGACAUUGUAGCGAACUUCAAAUGCGAAGUUGCUCAUAUUAAUCAACUCGUGGAAUCGCUUAGUGACGUCAAUUGUGCCGUUGUCGAUGCUGCUGCUGAUGUUGUUGAUGGCAAUGGUGAAGCGGUGGAGUUUGCGGGAAAGACCAAGAUUAAGCAGAUGAAUUUCAAGAAAUUGCCUACAUCGUUGAAACAAGCCGCCAAAGGGUUUGGAGUUAAUUUCACUUUGAAUGAGAUUGUCAAAAAUGAUGAUGGCGAGGGAAAAAUAAAAGAAGAAGAAGGAUUAAAAGAUGCAAAAGAUGCAAUAGCAAAAGCAAAAGCAAAAGACUCAAUAAUCAUUGAUCAUGAAGGUUCGCUAUUAGCUCCAGUAUCUCAAGUCCAACCGAUGCAGCGCAAAUUCAUUGAAGAAUAUCGAGAUCCGAUUUUAAACAGCGAUUCGUGGCGAUAUUACGACGAGCCUCAAGAUAUAGCCAAGUUGCUUUCAUGGUUGAACCCCUGGGGCAAACGUGAGUCCGUUUUACGUAAGGAGAUUGUGACGCUUAAAGAAGCGAUAACUUCAAGCAUGAUUGCGAGAAAGAAAGCCCUUUUCAUCGGAGUAGCGUCACCUGACGAGCAGGUGAUUCUCGAUGAUAUAACCAAGCUUCGCAAUAGACUUUCUGAAAUCCAAAAUGCUGAUAACGAUAAUAGUGGUGGUGGUGGUGGAAGUUUAGUCAAACAGGAACCACAAAGUAAAGCCAAUACGCCAGACGCAGACGCCGACGAAUCCAGCGACGUAAACUCGAGACGUAACGUGAGACCUAGCAGGAAACGAGGCAAAAACAUGAACUUGUUCGAGAAUAUAGUGAAGUAUGGAGAUGUGGAAGAUAUCACAACCCAUCUCAAAUUACUCGAUGCCAAGCUUGAGUUGGUGAAGCAAGAAAACGAAAUCAAUCGAGUCAACGAAUGGGUCAACUCACUGGCUUUGGAACAGUUUAACAAGACAUUGUACGAAGGAGGCGACAAGCUGAAAAAGACCAAAAAGAAGUAA